AUGGGUGACAACAAUGAAGAGACUCAAGUUUCUGAAACCCAAAUUGAGGAGGAUAACAAUCCUACACCAACUGAAAAUGAUAGCAAUCCUAUAAUAACUGAAAAUAACAACACAAAAGCCACCAAUUCAACUCAAGAUGCUGUGAAUAAAAGGAAAGGUAGAUCUCCUGCUUGGGAACAAUUUGAAAAGAAAGAGACUUGUGGUCAAAUGAAAGCUGAGUGCAUUCAUUGUAAGAAUACCUUAGGCGCAAAUAGCAAGAACGGGACAAGACAUUUACUUGAUCAUGUAAAGUCUUGUCUUUAUAAAAGACAAAGAACUAUAGAUCAAUCAAUGCCAGGAGGACACUUGCAAAUAUGA